CGAACCAAUAUUAACACAUGACGAUGAUUUCGACACCGAAGUACACACCAGGAGUUUGGCAGAACUCAGCAAUACAACGAGUUUAUUGGGGAAAAGCAGCCGAAUCCCUAACAAAAGAAGUCGAUAUACUGAAAGCUACGAAAUGUUUCAUAAUCGCCAGCGAGACGCUUGCUACGAAAACGGAUGAAAUUCAGAAGUGCGAGAAGGCUUUGGGCACAAAACACGCUGGGACGUGGUACGGAAUGCGCUCGCAUUCACCACGGGAGGAUGUGCUGUCAGCUGCGUCUGCCGCCCGUUCUGCUGGGGCCGAUUUGCUUCUCAGCAUCGGGGGCGGCUCGGUCACAGAUGGAACUAAAGCCGUCAACUUGUGUUUGGAUCAAAACAUCACCGAUAUUGAACAGUUGGACAAGUACAUCGUGAGGAAGUCUUAUUUCGAAACUCCGAACUGGGUCCAUAAGGGGAGUAUAUCCCAAAUUGCAAUUCCAACAACUUUGAGCGCCGGUGAGUUUACACAUUUUGCUGGGGUGACAAGUCGUCAACUCGGCGUUAAACAAGGUAUUGCUCACCCAGGGUUGCAACCUAUCUGCGUCAUCUUUGACCCAGAAUUAACUCUUCACACCCCUGAAUGGUUAUGGCUGUCAACAGGAAUACGUUCUGUUGAUCACUGUACAGAAGCCAUUUGUUCAAUCAACGGUGGCUAUUUGUCCACUGCCGUUGCAUCCGGAGCUCUUCGCUUGUUGGCUAAGGCUCUCCCAAAGACCAAAGCAGAUCCAAGUGAUAUCGAUGCCAGACUGCAAUGUCAAAUCGGAUCCUGGCAAGCAAUACAAACUCUAAUGAUGGGGGUGCAUUAUGGUGGAAGUCACGCCAUAGGACAUGUUCAAGGAGGCACUGCAAACAUCCCUCAUGGCUACACAUCGUGCAUAAAUUUGCCUUACAUCCUUGAAUACAACCAGCCUGAAAUAACUAACAAGUGCUCAAUUGUCGCCGAAUGUCUCGGAGCUGGACCAGGAACUUCGGCAGCUGAGGCGAUGGAUGCCUUGAUUCGUGGCUGUGGAAUGCCUCGCACGUUAAGUGAUGUCGACUUUCCGAUGGACAAGUUUGAGUUGGUUUGUGAAGUGAGCAUGAAAGAGCCGUGGACACAUUGUAACCCACGCAAAAUUGCAUCCCCUGAAGACGUUAAAAUCAUUAUGUCAAUGGCUCGAGAUGGCAAACCAAACAAAGAAGCAAUGCAGAUGCUGAGAGGAAGUGCAAACAAAUAAACAGGCAUUUUUUCUUCUUUUUGUUCUGGCGACAAAUUCACUGUAUAUAAAAAAAUAGUUUCUGUGUUUAAGGCAUAAAAAAAAUGAGGUGUUUUGUAUUGAGGAGUAUAAAAUACAGGAAUUAAAGACGGAUUCCGCUCAAAGUUCGAGCAAUAAGUGCAAAAAUUAUUUACUAAAAAUCUACUCACAGCACAUUACCUUUU